AUGGCUGACGUCAAGUCUCCGGCCAUGCGGGACUCCGAGUCGGGAGAUAAGGGCUCCGACUUGGCCCACAGGCUCGCCGGAGUGGAGAGCAACCGUGAGGUGUACAGCGAGGAGACGGCGCAGGUCAUCGACCCCGUAGCUGAGAGGGCACUGUGUCGAAAAUUCGACUUCCGACUGUUGCCCGUGCUGGCUGUUAUGUACCUGUUCAAUGCUCUCGACAAAGGAAACCUGGGAAACGCGGAGACCAGCGGUCUUUCAAAGGAUCUUGGCUUUGCAGAUGGACAGUAUAAUCUGAUCGUCGGCAUUUUCUUCGUCCCAUAUGUCAUAUUUGCGCCCCCAAUCGCUAUGCUGGCGAAGAAGUUCGGGCCAGCCCGCGCACUGCCCGUUAUGAUGUUCUCAUUUGGGUCCUUGACGCUGUUGACUGCAGCUUCGCGCAACUUCAGCGGUGUCUUUGCUCUCCGGUGGUUUCUGGGAAUGGCAGAGAGCGCUUUCUUUCCGGUAGUCAUCUACUAUCUUACGACCUUCUACCGACGCGGAGAACUGGCUCGCCGCUUGGCCAUUUUCUACGCUGCAUCAAACAUCGCAAACGCAUUCUCUGGCCUACUGGCAUUCGGCGUCUUCCAGAUCAAUUCCCAUCUCAUUGACCAUUCGUGGAGGUGGCUGUUCAUCAUUGAGGGAAGCUGCACCGUCUUGUUCUCAUUCUUCGCCUUUUGGUAUCUACCCGGAAGUGCAGCGGAGGCCAAGUUUCUGACGGCAGAGGAGAAAGACCUGGCCUACCACCGUAUCCACGUUGAUAGCUCUUCCACGGUAAACGAAGAGUUCAGCUUGAAAGAUUCUCUGCAGAUAUUCAGAAUGCCCGCCACCUAUGGGUUUCUGCUUAUCGAAAUAUGUCUCGGUGUUCCACUGCAGGGUGUAUCCCUCUUUCUGCCUCAGAUCGUGCAGCGUUUGGGAUAUGACAAGGUCAAGACGAACCUCUACACCGUUGCGCCCAAUGUAACUGGAGCUGUAAUGUUGUUGGUACUGGCAUUCAGUUCAGAUUUCCUCCGAAUACGGUUUCCAUUCAUAUGUCUGGGGUUCGCCUUCACAUUUAUUGGCAUGAUUAUUUAUGCCACCAUCCAAGAUGUACAAGCCCAAAUUCAAGUUGCGUAUUAUGCGACUUUCAUGAUGUGCUGGGGUACUUCGGCCCCAUCAGUAUUACUGAGCACGUGGUAUAACAACAAUGUCGCGGAUGAGGGCAAGAGACUUGUGCUCACUUCUGUUGGAGUGCCACUGGCAAAUCUUAUGGGCCUGGUGGCGAGCAACCUCUUCCAGACCCGUGAUGCACCAAAAUACCUGCCGGCCCUCAUCGCAACAGCAUCUUUUGGUGCCUGCGGUUUCGUCGUAGCUGGACUUUUGGGUGCGUACAUGACGUUUGAUAACAAGCGGCGCAACCGCCAGCAAGGUGUGAACUUGACAGCUCAGGACGUACCCACGUCGAAGCUGAAGGACGGGCCACAAGUACAGGACUUCCGUUGGUUUUUGUGA